GUUUACACAUCGUUGCCAAAGCCGCGUCGGGUACUGCAGUCUGCAUUAACAUAUCUGCCUAUAAUUCAAAAGGUUUCUGUUCCGCUCGGACCCCCCUGGCAGUUCCCUGCUGCAAGUGCUGGACGAUAGCUCAUCACCUUCGCCUUCUCCUGUUGCAAACAGUUCAGCACCUGCGUCCAAAGUGUCUCGUUGGGCCAGCACUUCUCUCAGACACUUCUUUACGACACGAUACCUACUCAGCUGUGAUCGAGAGCGAUCUUUAUCUACUGUUGGUAUCACCUCCUGUACAGCAUAGUUACAGCCAAACAUCUCCCUCCGCCAGCCGAGGCGAACGUCAUACCGCCAUCAUGAGCAACACCAUUGGGCAGGCGAGGACGAUGAAACGGAAGAAUGUCAAAGGUCUCGCUCUGAGUGCACCGCCAAAGCCAGCCGUGCCUUCAGACGAGGACUCUCAGCUGCCUGGCGCUCUGGGAAACGAUGGACAUCGAGCAGAUACCCUAGAGAUAGGCGUCGAGUUUAGACCAGACUGGCGGAGCGAGGAUCUGGAAGUCGUGAAAGAGCUCGGUUCUGGUAAUGGAGGUACUGUCAGCAAGGUGCGGCACAAAGGCUGGAACAUUGUCAUGGCGAGAAAGAUCAUUCACGUUGAGGCCAAGAAGGAGAUCAGGAAGCGUAUCGUGAGGGAACUGCAGAUCAUGCACGAAUGCAACUCGCCAUAUAUCGUCUCCUUCUACGGAGCCUUCAUGAACGAGUCGAAUGACGUGGCCGUGUGCAUGGAGUAUAUGGACGUUGGCUCUCUCGACAGCAUAUCCAAGAACUUUGGCCCCGUUCGCGUCGACGUGCUGGGAAAGAUUGCAGAAGCUAUCUUAGGCGGGCUCAAGUACCUGUACUUGGCCCACAGAAUCAUGCAUCGAGAUAUCAAGCCUUCGAAUGUCUUGGUGAAUAGCAAGGGACAGAUCAAACUCUGCGACUUCGGCGUGUCAUCUGAAUUGGAGAAUAGUGUGGCUGACACUUUCGUCGGUACUGGGACUUACAUGGCGCCCGAACGUAUCCAAGGUAGCCCUUACUCUGUCAAGAGUGAUGUCUGGAGUGUUGGUCUGACCCUCAUGGAGCUGGCGAUCGGCAAGUUCCCUUUCACUUCGUCAGCUGAUGAUGGCGAAGAGGAGGCAAGCGGGCCACAAGGCAUCCUAGAUCUGCUGCAGCAAAUUGUUCUAGAGCCUGCGCCAAAGCUGCCCAAGAGCGAGGCUUUUCCGCAGAUUCUCGAAGAUGUCAUUGCGAAAUGUCUUCUGAAGGUACCAGAAGAACGACCCACUCCGCAGGAACUAUAUGACACGGAUCCCUUCUUGCAAGCGGCGAAGCGCACUCCAGUCGACCUGGAGGCGUGGGCCGUCAGUAUGAUGGAGAGACAUAACCGCAAAAGCCAUCUGGCUCCCCAGCUGUCGCCGUCGAGCAGAGCACUGUUGCGAGGCGAGGACACACCGAGCCAGAGCUCGCAAUCGAGUAUAAAUGACCACACACCCAUAACUGGCGAGAUCCCGAUUGUGGCUACGCCUCCGUCGAAUGGGACAGCUCGACCUUUCCCUACGAGAACCAGUAGUGCCAAUCUUGCCCAUUCACAAAUGAACUUGCCCAUUCGACAGGCGCCAGGGACCAGCAGACCUGAGACAGCUGGCAGCGAUCGAAGCGAUGCCUAUAGGAGGAUUGCACCUGGAUACGCCGCUCAUUGAUGCGUGUGAUGCCAGAGUCCCACCCGAACCAAGACAUAUCGAGUGCCGCUGCUUACAUGUGGCUUUGUGCGUUCGGGAGCACGCGCUACACUACAUCGAUAUAUUGCUACGACUCAGCCCUGCAGCCUUACUGUACUUCUAUGCGAUGCGCAGUGUACGACGCUUUCUCCGAGACAAUACACCAUGACUGCGAGAGAUGUCAAGAUUGCAGCGCCGACUCGGACAACCUCUUUCCGCCUCCCCAGAUGUCCGAACCGAGCUUGCACCAAGCCUUCGUGCAGUCCAUAUGCAAUCUGAUGCAAUUACAUGUUGGCGAUGCUCUUGAAACACCCGAGGUCUCUGGUAGUGCUUCGAGACGUCAUGCUCUAUCACUGAGCCAUGCCUCACACCGGGUAUCGAGCAGCGAAUGUGGCUAGGAACAUUUGCCUACGGGGUUUUCGCACGGGAUAUCGUGCACCACUCUCUCGCCACCGCUCCCCUGCAGUGCCGACCGAUUGUCCACGUGUAGACUUGGCAAGGUGUUUGGCAUGGCAGAAAUUUGCCAAAACGAGGCUACUUCGAAUUUCUGUUAUCUUCCGCUGUCAUCUCAGCGCUCUGUGUAUCCAAGGGACAAACAAAUAUGGCAGCACCCAGUCUGACACAACAUUCUCAAUUUUGCUUUGCUUUGCUUUGCGCUUCUACGCAUGCGUAUGAGAGGCGUGGCACUACCCUAAUGGCAUUUAGCCAUCCUGACGUGUAAUUGCUGCAGCAUGGGUUGUACAGAUUGCGGAGUAUGGCAGCAAACCAGGGAAAAUUGUUGUGAGAUUGGCAUAUGAAGAUGGUAGAAUGGCAAGAAAGGCUCUGUCUGCAUCUCAGGAUUGGUUGCGGGGCAAUGGGCAUAUGCGAGUGAGUGGGAGGGUCGUGCUAUAGGCUGGAGGUUACAUAUUUGUGUGGGAGCGGAUCGACGGAUUGGACGAAUAAUUGGUUCUGUAACCUUGUCCAGUUUUUGUGCAUGCAUGGAGUAUCUUGUGGUUGCUAACAUCCGCAUUGCAUAAGUAAAUCUCGUGGCGGCGGCUGCUGCUGCUGCUGCUUCUGCUAUACAUCAAGUUAUAGGGGUGUACAAAAGGCACGCGUGAGCCGUCGUUGGCAAAAUUCGAGCCUGUUCGGAGGUAUACUUCGAUACCUCCUCUGUCGUGGUAUUGAGGCGCGUGGUCGUUCUACCGGUGUACAAGGCACCUAUAGCUUCUCGUUGGCGGACUUUCAGUUCUAAGUGCUGACGAGUCUCGGAGGGCACAUCUGACUUGCCGUAGGGUUGGUGGUAGCCGUGAACGGGGAGGAGAAAGUGGUGGAGGACGGGCACGCAAGGCACAUGGGAGCACUGCUUGGCUGCUGACCGUCGGGAGGGAGCAGUUGAUAGGACAGUGAGUGGUUGGUGUGGUGACAGCCAGUAGUCUGUCUCUCUGUGCCUGACAUGCUGCGAAGAAUCUCGACUUGUGCAGUAGAUUUCCAAUGUUGGUAGACGUGGUUGCAAAC